CCUCCUCUUCUUCUCCUCUUCUCCUCCACCCUGCUUGAAGCACAGCGGCACAACAGAUGGUGCACUAUACAUUACUACAGCACAUUUUGGUUCCAGAACAACUUUCAUAAUACGCACCUGGCACACAUUUAGCAUAUAGAUAUUCACUGCCGGGGAAAAAGUCGUCUUUUAACUCAAGACCGUUUCAAGACGGAAUUUGGUGUUAAGGUCCGGAGUGGCUAUGCCAUUUGGCUGUUUAACAAUUGGCGAAAAGAAGGAUUACCACAGUCCUUCAGAAGUGACCGACAAGUAUGACAUGGGUCAAAUUGUUAAAUCGGAGGAGUUUUGUGAGGUAUUCCGGGCCAAGGACAAAAACACGAUGAGAAUGUACACAUGCAAAAAGUUCCUGAAAAAGGAUGGAAGGAAGGUGCGCAAAACUGCAAAAAAUGAAAUCCUCAUUUUAAAGAUGGUGAAGCAUCCCAAUAUUCUCCAAUUGGUGGAUGUCUUUGAGACUAAAAAGGAAUACUACAUCUUUCUUGAACUUGCAACAGGAAGGGAAGUGUUUGACUGGAUCCUGGACCAAGGCUAUUACUCAGAGCGCGAUACCAGCAAUGUGGUGCGCCAGGUCCUGGAAGCUGUCGCUUACCUCCACUCCCUGCAAAUUGUCCACAGAAAUCUAAAGUUGGAGAAUUUGGUUUACUACAACCGCCUGAAGCAUUCUAAAAUAGUCAUCAGUGAUUUCCAUCUUGCCAAGUUGGAGAAUGGAUUAAUCAAAGACCCCUGUGGGACACCUGAAUAUUUGGCUCCAGAGGUGGUUGGCAGACAGCGAUACGGUCGACCUGUGGACUGUUGGGCAACAGGUGUCAUCAUGUACAUUCUACUAUCAGGCAACCCUCCUUUCUAUGAUGAGAGUGAUGAAGAUGAUUACGAAAAUCAUGACAAGAACCUGUUCCGAAAGAUCCUCGCAGGCGAUUAUGAGUUUGACUCUCCAUACUGGGAUGAGAUCUCAGAUUCAGCAAAGACGCUGGUUUCACGUCUGAUGGAGGUGGAUCAAGAGCAGAGACUGACAGCCCAGGAGGCUAUCAACCAUGAAUGGAUCUCCGGCGGCGCAGCCUCGGAUAAAAACAUCAAGGAAAACGUAUGCGCGCAAAUUGAGAAGAACUUUGCUCGAGCCAAAUGGAAGAAAGCUGUGCGGGUCACCACAAUCAUGAAGAGACUGAGAGCAACCGAGCAAAGUAACAGCAAGGCCUCCAGUCCGGCCGCCAGCGCCGCAGAAGACCCGGCAUCUCCCGAGGCUGACGCAGACCCGUCCGCACCUUCACCUGCUGCUGCCGCACCACCCCAAACCGUCACGGAGAUAAACGUGCUGGUUCCGGAGUCUGUGGAUGGGGCGGAGCCACCGCCGCAGGAAGCAGAGCCCACGUCUGGCUGCAAUGGAGAUACCGUGGCUCCGCUCCAUGGUGGCAAUGACGCGGAGGAUGAACAAGGCUAGGUCACCCCCCCCACCCAACUUGCUCGUACCGCUGUGACCUCUGCAGACCCGUCGACCCCUGCACACUGUACAUUAGCUGCUAGCAUGGUGACGCUUCUUUUUCACUUGCAGCAUUAUUCUCUUUUGGAGGCUGUGAGCUACCUUUCCUGAGUGCUCUGCAUUGCAUUGGCAUUCUAUUUAAACAAAUUGCAUCAUCUUUCAGCAGCCCCGAGUGUAGAACAGCGUCUCUGAAAUAUUUCCUUGAGUUUUAGGGGGAUGAGCAGAUUUGUUGUCAAGCUGUGGCUUAACAAAGACUUUUUUUCUGUUAUGUCUCUGUGCUUAGUAGAAGAAGAAUUUAACAAGUUGAUUCUCUUUUUUUUUUUUUUUUUAAAAGCUGACUUGGGAAAUGUCUCUCUGCCAGUACUUGCUCUUAAAAUCAGAGAAAGGUUUCGACUUGAAAACUGUGUUAAGGUUGCGCUUGUCAUAUCUACCGUACCUUUCACAAAGCUGACACGGCCAAGUGUUUGACCCUGGCGUGAUCUCUCACAUAAGCACAGAACAACAAAACUGUUUGGUCCUUUGCUUACUCCGUGCUCAGGAAAGAACCUCAUCGUUGUAGGUCAAAACAUUUUGUACAUAGACAACUUUGUAGAAGUAGCUAAAAGAGCAUGCCUUCUCACUUUUUGCUGUUCAUGUUGCAUUUAAAGUCAUAGAAAAUGUUGACACACCCCUGUUCAAACAAAUGCAAGAUUUUUGUGUUGUGGAAAAUACAAGACCAAGAUAAACACUUUUUCCCACCAUUAUUAUGACCUAUAAAAAAUUUUUGGGAGAGGGGAAGUAAAAAUAAGUCAAAUAAUGUGGUUGCAUUAGUGGGUGUGCACACUUGUGCAACCACCUUAUUUCAGUUAUUUUCUCUUUUAUAGAUUUUUCCCCAUUGCGUCGUACACCUUAUAGGUUACAUUCAUGGUUAGAAAAGUUUUAUAGACUUAAAUUAUUUCUUUUGGUCACAAAAAACUUGUUUUUCAGGGGUGUGUAGACCUUUUAUAUAUUCACUGUACACAGCCACUUGGUGGUUCCAACUUUACACUGACAUCCAGCGUGUUUAAACCGUUGUAAGAUUGUCCUUAACUUUGUUUCGUCCUCAUCUCACGGCAGCUCGAUGCGUUUUAAAAUCAAUGUGUAGCUUUUCUUUGCUAAAGGCAUCACAAUAGAAUUGAUGCCAUCCAAAUUGAUUAUAUUUAUUGUUUGGUAACAUCUCAUUGUGAGGCCAUAUAUCAUAUAUACUCCUGUACCACAUUGACACGUGCAUUAACUCACAUCAUAUGUCUUUCAUGUAGUUCGCAUACAUUUUUUAAUAAACACUCAUUUUAAAUUUAGCUGACAUCUUUAGAUCUACUUGCUGAUGUCCAGUAAUAUCAAUAUCUCCCCAUUCUUGGCACGGGUCCCCUUGAGCAUUAAUUAUGAGCCACAGAAGGAGUUGGAAAGAAAACUGAGCAAUACUUGACAGGCUGCAGAAACUGUGAUUCUCGCUGUCCUUUGGAUUGUCCGCGUUAAUGUUGUUGUUGUUAGAAAUCUGCGGUCCCUGCCAAGCAGCCAUUUGGCCACCAAGUCAAUGGGAGACCGUUUGUGUUUGUGCGUGCGCGGACAGGCGUUGUUGGGCCAGUUGAUGUCCUGAGCUAACACCCUAAAACACGAGUCCAUUAGAAAACAAACAGACUGUGCACAUUUUGUCUUCACUAAAAAUAUUGUCCAUAGCAUAGAAGUGAUGAAGAAAGAUGUAUUUUCGAUAAAAAAUGAGACAACGUAUCUAAAGGUUGAUUUGUUGCUGCAGUUUAACAUCUGUUUGUGGUGAAGAUAAUUCCAUUAUUAUUUCUUAUGGAGUUUUUGAUAUGAUGUUAAUUCUGAAUUUCAGAGAUGUUUGUAUGAUUAGAUGAUGUAAUGUAGUCCAUCCUGUUUUUUUUAGAUGACAGAAAGAGUCAGUACUGUUUGAACACUAUGUGUCCCCAUAACACUUCUCACUGUUGUGUUCCGUGUCUGCCACAGUAUUUUGCGGUUGUGAUGUUUGCCAGGACUAGUGGUCCUAAUUUGCAUUUGUGGGCUCUGUAAUGUUCUACCUGAUUGAGUUGGUGGUAAUAAAAUUAAAUUCAUUGUAUCUCUGA